AUGAAAGUUAGCUUCAAAUGGUCCAGUGUCCUUACCACACACAAUUCAGAACACCACAUUCAAACAUUUUGGCAAUUUCCUUGGCUCCUUCCGAAAAUCUCCUCUAUCAAGACAUGUUGUGCUUUUGCACUCCACAAAACUUGCAAACGCGGACCUCUUCAAAUGUUGCUCACAAGGCAGUUUAUCCUAACCCUUAUGGUCCAACCGCUGGUGGCCUCUGAGCAAACAUCAAAGCCGACGUCUCUGCACAGCUGUGUGCCCUCGCCGUCGCGGCCCAACUGGAAUCGGCGAUGA